UCACCGUCGUCUGUCCUGAGAGGCGGGACGAGCUGCUUUGUUCACUUCCUGUUGUUCAAUAAAGUUAAUCCAGCUACCUACGGACAUGGGCGCUGUUACAGAUGAUGAAGUUAUUCGGAAACGUCUUCUAAUUGACGGGGAUGGAGCCGGUGAUGACCGCCGGAUUAAUGUACUUUUAAAGAGUUUCACCAAAUGGUGCAACUCGCCUCAGGGGACCCCGGAGGAAGGGUUCACGCAGUAUCACAGGAUGUUGGGCACACUCGCCCAGUGUGAAUUCUCCAUGGGGAAGACGUUGAUGGUUUAUGACAUGAACCUUCGGGAAAUGGAGAAUUAUGAGAAAAUCUACACUAAUAUAGAACAAAACAUCACGUCUGCACACGAGAAGAUAGCAGAAUGCAAAAAAGAAAUUCAGAGGGCAAAGAGAAUACGAAAAAAUCGCCAAGAGUACGAUGCUUUAGCAAAGGUUAUCCAGCAACACCCAGACCGACAUGAAACACUGAAACAGUUGGAGGCGCUUGACAAAGAACUCCAGCAGCUGUCACACAUCAAGGAGAAUGUAGAUGCAAAGUUGGAGUUGAGGAAGAAGCAGUUCCACGUGCUACUCAGUACCAUACAGGAGCUACAGCAGACACUUGAGAAUGAUGAGAAAUCAGACAAUGAUGACAACAAUCAGGGGAGCCCUUCAGAGAAUGGUGAAUGAACGUGUAGAGAUCCUGGUUGAAAUAAAUUAAGUGAACCACUUUUAAAUGAUUGUUGUUGUUGUUGUUUUUUUGGUCUUGGAAUACUUUUUGUAUGUAUUUUUGAAUAAAGUUGACUUCUCCA